GCUUGCCGUGUAAUUCCCGAACCCACAUGCAGCUCCACCCUCCACUCUUCUUCUUCUUCUUCUUCUUCUUCUUCCUGGCACGUAUCCCACUCCCCAUCACCGCCCCCUGCGCACGAUAGCCUCUGCCGUGGCAGCGGCUCGGAAUUGUCGCUUCCUUGCCUUCAAAUCUCUUCCUGAAACUUUCUAUUUCUUCACAGAAUGAGAACGACGUGAAUUCCAAAUUAAGAUUUCCUUUUCCUUUCUUUGGUUUGAAUUUUUGAAUAAAGAUGAUGGGCUAUGAGAAUCAGGGCUAUGAAGAAGCCCAUCUCUACGCGUCCCGAGAAGAGAUGGAGACUCUCGUCCUCGACGAGCCAUCCAACGGCCACCAUCUCUCCGAUCACCGUAGCAUCGUGUCUCUUCAUGAGGCGCACCACACCCUAUCUCCGCCUGCUGCCGUAAUCUCAGCCGUGGAUGAUCCUUUGGUCUCGUCAUCCUCCUCGUCGUCCGUAGACCACCAAAACCCUAAUCUACCGUUCAAUUCGUUUCUAGAACCUCCCUCCUAUGCCGACGUGAUUUUCAAUUCCUUCGACGAAUCCAACGGCGACACCAACGGCCACGAAAGCCCCAAAUCGUUGCCGAGAUCGGCUUCGUCGAAUUCCGAUUACUUGAACAUUUCAGUUACGGAGCCUCACAGAGAGCAAGAGAUGUCAAAUUCGCUUGUUCCCGGUGGAAACACGUAUGUGACGUAUCUGAUCACGACAAGGACGAACCUGCCGGAUUUCGGUGGUCCCGGAUCGGAGUUCAGCGUCCGACGGCGGUUCAAAGACGUAGUGACAUUGUCUGAUCGGAUAUCGGAGUCGUACAGGGGGUUCUUCAUCCCUGUGAGGCCAGACAAGAGUGUUGUCGAGAGUCAGGUGAUGCAAAAGCAAGAAUUCGUGGAGCAGAGAAGAUCGGCAUUGGAGAAGUACUUGCGGAGAUUAGCUGGGCACCCAAUGAUCAAGAAAAGCGAGGAGUUACGAGUAUUUUUACGGGUGGAUGGCAAGCUGCCAUUGCCGCGAAGCACUGAUGUGGCGUCGAGGAUGUUGGAUGGGGCAGUGAAGCUUCCAAAACAGUUGUUUGGAGAAUCAGUGGCCCCUGCAAAUCCACAGGAGGUGAUGCAGCCAGCUAAAGGUGGGAGGGACUUAUUGAGGAUUUUUAAGGAGUUGAAGCAGGCAGUUUCUAAUGAUUGGGGUGGCUCAAAACCACCAGUGGUGGAGGAAGAUAAGGAGUUCUUGGAGAGGAAAGACAAGUUGAUGGAUUUCGAACAGCAAUUGAGUAAUGUGUCUCAGCAGGCUGAAUCACUUGUAAAAGCUCAGCAAGAUAUUGGAGAGACUAUGGGGGAGUUGGGGUUGGCAUUUGUUAAGCUUACCAAGUUUGAGACGGAGGAAGCUUUGUAUAACUCUCAGAGAGUUCGAGCUGCUGACAUGAAAAAUUUAGCAACUGCUUCUGUUAAAGCAAGCAGAUUGUAUAGGGAGUUAAAUGCACAAACAGUCAAACAUUUGGACACACUCCAUGAAUAUCUUGGAGUGAUGUUAGCUGUCAACAGUGCAUUUUCAGACCGAGCAAGUGCUUUGCUAACAGUACAAACUCUUUUAUCUGAGUUAUCUUCACUGCAUACAAGGAUUGAAAAGCUGGAAGCUGCUUCGUCCAAAAUAUUUGGUGGAGACAGGUCCAGAAUUCGCAAAAUAGAAGAGUUGAAAGAAACUCUGAAGGUUUCUGAGGAUGCUAAAAAUUGUGCAGUCAGAGAAUAUGAACAGAUCAAGGAAAACAACAGGAAUGAGCUUGAAAGGCUAGACAAGGAGAGGCAUGAUGACUUCUUGAGCAUGUUGAAGGGGUUUGUAGUCAAUCAGGCCGGAUAUGCAGAGAAGAUGGCAAAUGUUUGGGAAAAGGUUGCAGAAGAAACAAGUGGGUAUGCAAAAGAUGGCAGCUGAAGGACGAGGCUGUAAAUUUUGUUUUCAGCUUUUUUCUGUGGACUUCUGUUUUUUCAUUUUUGUAAAUUAUAUGGAGUUUAAUGAGACAUUCAUUACAUACCCAGUUGCCUACAGAAACCCUUGUUACUUCAGCUCGGAACUCUGUGUGAAGAUAUGCGAACUCCAAAGACAAUAGAGGUGUAGUAACACAUUCUUAAUAUAACCAAAGAAAAAUAACAGAGUUGGAAAAACAUUUCAUCA